AUGAAAGCGCUGCGUGGCAGCCAUGCCGAGAAGACACGGACGGUUGCUUGCGGCAUCUUGUGUUAUUUAGCUAUUGGGGCAGAGAACCCGCAACUGCACAAGCUAGAGAGGAAGUGGACCUUCUGGUUCGAUAAUCAAUCCAAGCCCAAACGAGGCGCCGCCUGGGGCACCUCUCUCCGCAAGGUCUACACCUUCGACACUGUUGAAGAAUUUUGGUGUUUGUAUGAUCAAAUAUUCAAGCCCAGCAAACUGCCUGGAAAUGCUGAUUUCCAUUUAUUUAAAGCUGGAGUUGAACCCAAAUGGGAAGAUCCUGAGUGUGCUAAUGGAGGGAAAUGGUCUGUUACUUGUGGAAGGAAGGCUAUCCUUGACACCAUGUGGCUAGAGACUUUGAUGGCUUUGAUUGGGGAACAAUGUGAUGAGACCGACGAGAUUUGUGGUGUGGUUGCAAGUGUGCGCCAAAGGCAGGAUAAACUUGCAUUGUGGACGAAGACAGCAACGAAUGAGGCUGCCCAGGAUGAUUCUAGGAGAGAGAGAUCUGUCAAAGGCCGAUAUAGCGUAUAAGCUCUCCUCAAUAGUUUUGCAGCAUGGUUUUUCGUUUUGCAUGAUCAAAAUCGCCAUGAAGUUAAAAUAUAUUUCAAGGAAGAUUCCCUGAAUGGAUGUAUUUUAAUGGUUGCUAAUUUUGUUAUUUGACAAUUUUCUACUUUCGUUAAAGUAUUGUAGCACCUAGCAAUCUGUCUUAAAAGAGAGACACACAGAUUGUUGCGUCUAAUAAAUGUUGAAGAAUGCCUCAAUUCAUUUUUUGGAAA